ACUAAACAAGACGGCCAUUUUGUGUUGCCGAACUAAUUACCACCCCCUUCCUGCAGUUCGCAAGGUGUCAGGCGGUGGAUAGUCAAGGUGGCUGGGUCAUUUAAGUGGCCCUAAGUAAACAGGAUUUAAGUGAUACUGUUAUUUUAUUCUUUAUUUCAAAAUGGCGGGCCAAAGCAUUAUGGAUCGUGUUGUGGCCGCAAGGCAUAGCAUCGCAGGCCAGGGUUUGGCCAAGUCUGUUUGCAAGGCAACCACUGAGGAAAUCAUUGGUCCCAAGAAAAAACACCUCGAUUACUUACUACAGUGUACAAAUGAACCAAAUGUCUCAAUCCCACAAAUGGCAGAUUUAUUGAUUGAAAGAACCCAACAUCAGAGCUGGGUGGUCGUCUUCAAGUCCCUAGUGUCCAUACACAAUUUAAUGAACUAUGGAAAUGAGAGGUUCACACAGUAUUUGGCAUCUAACAAUUGUUCAUUCAAUCUGAGUGGAUUUGUGGAUAAAGGUGGUGUUCAAGGUUAUGACAUGUCAACAUAUAUACGGCGCUAUGCUAAAUACCUCAAUGAAAAGGCAGUGUCGUACAGACUCAUGGCGUUUGACUUCUGCAAAGUGAAAAGAGGAAAAGAUGAUGGUUUACUACGAACAAUGAACACAGAUAAGCUAUUAAAAACAUUACCAGUGUUGCAGCAACAGUUAGAUGCAUUAUUAGAAUUUGAUUGCACACCCAAUGAGUUAACCAAUGGUGUCAUCACUGCAUGUUUCAUGUUGCUGUUCAAGGACCUGAUCCGGUUGUUUGCCUGUUAUAAUGAUGGUGUCAUAAAUUUAUUAGAAAAAUAUUUUGAUAUGAACAAAAAACAGUGUAAAGAUGCUUUAGAUUUAUACAAAAAGUUUCUGGUCCGUAUGGACAAAGUGUCAGAGUUUUUAAAAGUGGCAGAGAACAUGGGUAUAGAUAAAGGAGAUAUUCCAGACUUAGCCAAGGAAGAUGGGAAUGUUGUAAUGCCUGUUCUUCAGAAGGGAAUGAAAGAAAAAUCCAGCUCAGCUCCUGCCAGUUUACUGGAUGCACUAGAACAGCAUCUUUUGUCAUUGGAAGGGAAGAAAGGAGUUGCCACCACACCUACCAGCACAAGCAAGCCUGUUGGAUUUACCUCAGCUCUGAACACUAUGACAAGUAACACAUUCAAUGUCACAGAGGCAGAAAGAAAACGUAUCUUAGAUGAAGAAAAUCAACACUUACAGAAACUCAAGGCUGCUGAAGAGGCUCAACCGUUUGUUGAGACGGAAGGAGGAGAUGCUGAGAAUAUCUUUGAGCAAAAAUUAAAAGAUUCCUCAUCACCACAGCAGCAGCACAAAGUCCUACAGUCAAGUAACCCCUUUGCAGCAACAACAGCCAGCACAUCCCAGAGUGCCAACCUGUUUGGAUCGCCCACAGAGCCUGUGGCUCCUUCUGCCGUGGGCUCCUCUAGACCCAGUGAUGACCUGCUUAGCUUAACAGGCAACCCUUUCAUGGAUAAUGUGCAAAAUGUCAUGGCCACUGCAUACCCACAAACAAGUAACAAUCCAUUUGGUUCUCCAGGAUUUCAAACUAAUGGUAUUGGUAACACAGCUCCCAGUAACAACCUGUUCUCGUCAGACAUUGACUUUGCCACAGCUUUUAGUAAUGGAAGUAACAGCUCUCAAGCUGGGUCUGCGUUUGCUCCGACAGUAGCGCCUGUGUCCAGUGCUCCUCCAGAUGUGGAUUUAGUCCCAACUCUUGACCUUCUUGAUGGGUCUAGUGGUCAUAGUUUAUCUCUAGGUCAAGGGCUGACCUCUGAUUUUAGCAUGGGUACAAGCCAAGCAUCCCCAAUCCAUUCCUCCCACGCUUUUGGCGGACCUUUUUCUGGAAUGGAAGGUGUGGGCAUAUCCCCUGUACCAUCCCCAAUGUCUGGAUAUGCCAGCAGCUCUAUGGGGCUAGAAUCAUCUCCAUUAUUUGGUGCUCAGUCUUCUCCCGUUCAUUCUGGUCUUGGCAAUGUUGCACCUUCAGGUGUUAACUAUUAUAGCCAGACCCCGGUGACUGGCACCAUAUUGUCUGCAGGCUAUGGGCAAGGGUUCUAUCAGUCAUCUGGCACGACCAUGCAGAUUGGGGCUCAAGCAGGCCCUAUGAGCCAUUUGCAUCAUGUGGGCAUGACGGCACCUGGGAGCCCCAGUCUGGGAGUGGGUGGUUCCCCGGCCAGAAUUAUGACCAGAGGUGGCAAGUCCCCUGCUACUUCUUUGUCCUCCUCACCGUCUGGACCUGGACUGGAGGAUGCUGUCAAAGCUCUGGGUCUGACCAUGUCACCUUCCAGAGGGUCAUCCAAGGCUGGCUCCAGGCCUGAGUCCCGUCCUCUGUCACCUGGUCAAUCUGUCCUUGGGGGAGGACCAGGCUAUGGUUAUGGUGAAAUGGGUGGGGAUGCUGUACCUAGCCAAAGUCAGGCUGGUCAGAACAGUGAGAUAGCUCAGUCAGGAUUCGAUGCUUUUGGGGAUGUGCUUCAGCCUAUGAACAAAUCUUCCCCAUCCCAGACUCCCCAGUCCACACAACAGGCCAAGCCCAUAGGCAGAGACCUGGACACGUCACUGGCUACGUUAGCUUCAACUCUCAAUGUCCGAGGAGGUGUUGCUGCUACUAAAAAAGAUCAUCAGUGGCAGCCCAAGGGAGAGAGUAAACUCACCGGAGGAACUUCAUUCCCACGUCCACAAAUGGCGCCAUCCACAACUACAACUCCAUGGGCACAGCCUCAAGUAUUCCAGCAGCCGAUGGUGCCGAUGGCUGGGGCACCCAUGAUGUAUGCACAACCAAUGGGAGCUCCAAUGGUAGCACCCAUAUCUCAGCCAAUGAUGAUGGGUCAGCCAAUGGGUAUGGGAAUGGCUCCAACUAUGGGCAUGCCAGCUCCCGCCAUGUAUGGGGUACCAAGAAUGCCAAUGAUGGGAGGCUUUCAGCAACCUCGACCACUCCAGCCACAGUCCGGUCAGGCUAAUAAUAUCAAUGAUCCUUUUGGGGCUUUAUGAGACCAAGUCUGAGGUGCAAGAUGUGUGAGGCAUUAAUGUGAAGACAGCAGAGACAGUAUGGCAGACAGAUGUCCCUACACUAACAUAGGAUGUUGGAGUUCGAUUGAAUACAUUACCAUGGACUAUCUUACGGGUAGAAUGCAUUAUGUUCACAGUUGUGCUUGUUUUAGAACAGCUUCCCCACCCCCACCCCCUCCCUCCCCUUUCAGCGUCACUCAGCAACAAGACAAUAUGCACAGUGGAUCCUACUGAAUACGUUUACGUCUCCUUUCACAAGCAGUGCGAACAAUAGGCCAAGUUUUUUUUUUUUUUUUUUUGUAAGAGCUAGUCUGUACUUGUGUGAUUGAUCAAAGGCAGAGCCUGUAUAGAUGGAGUAUAUCUAUUUAAACAAAGAUAUUUUUUCUGAUAAGUCUAUGACAGUCUGUUGGAUAAGUCAAAGACAGUUGAUUUGUUUAUGUCUAGGACAGUCAAUCAGCUCCUGUUUGUGUACUUGUGCGAAACGCGUGUUUGCCUCUGGCAAGCAAUAAAUCAGUUUAAGCCAUACAUCUGCCUUUGUCCGUUUCUUGCGUUGCUUUUGGUUUGUUUUAAGAAGAGCUUUAUUUUUAUUUUUUUUUGAUGUUCAACUGAUGCCAGAUCUUCAGUAGUGAAGUUUACCCAACAAGAAAACUACUUUCUAAGAUAGUCGUAUGCACAUGGGAAAAAAAAAAGUCCUAUACUGAAAUAAGGAGUAGACUACCUUCUUCAUCAUCCUGUUCUAUCAUUGUAGUUGUAGACUUAUCUGAAUGUGGACCAAGUUUAUUUAUUAUGAUGUUGAAUGUUAUACAUGAUGUUACUGGUUUAUGUAUACAAGUUGAUUUUGUAUUGAAUGUUUUUUUUUUUGUUUUUUUUCUGUAUGCUGAAAUUCUAGGUCAUAGGUCAUCACUCCACCAGAGUAGUGCAAUAACUAAUGUUAAAUCACCACAGCAUAAUAAACAUCUAGCAUUGACUUUUUAAAAAAAUAAAGUUUCAUUCAAUUUCUUAAACAAAAUAAUGUUUGAAAAUAGAAAAUAUUUUUAAAAAUUUAUUUACAUUUGGGGUGAAAACCCUAUUUUUGUCUCCUCUUUAGUAUUAAACAAAAAAUGUACUUAAGUUAUUUUAGUUAAAGAUGUUUUUAUUUUCAGUCCUUAAAAUUAAUCUUGUGGUGUUUUCUUUUGUACACUUUCAAUGUUCUUGUAAAAAUCAACACGCAGCCAUUGAUGAUCUUAAAAGUUCUACUGCUGCUUCAACAUGUUGCUGUCAAGUGAGUUUGCUGCUUGGGGAUAGUGGGCUUGCCCCAUGAAGCUAUCUCAUCACUGAUCAAACCUGAGCCCCCCCCCCCCCCCUAAUGUUUGCCAUACUUUAGCUGCUACAAAUCUCUGUGCAAUGUUAGCGAGGGAUGACAUGCUGUGUGGGGAUAAAAAGAGGCGUUGGACUUGCCUUGUGCUUCUUUUUUUUACUUCCCCCCCCCCCCCCCGCCACCCCCCCCAAGCCCCAAAAAUUUUUGUUUUGACUCAGGCCUCUCCCCACUUCCCAUUCCAAAUGUUUUCUAUUGAUGUGAUAUUUAUUACUAGUUGUUCAUGUAGUUCCCAAGUGAGAGAUUUACACCUGGCUAGGGUCUCAUCCCUGAGUAAAGGACGCACAUAAUGGACUUGAGUUCUAUGCUUUGAUUUUAUUAGAUCCAUAAAGUACACUUGCACAAUUCUUUGUAAUUUAUCACCAUGUUGAUUGUUUAAAGAGCUGUGUGCUGAAUAUGUCAUGAAAUAGAAGGAUGGAAGCUAUAAGCAGUGAUAAAAAAAAACACUUAAUGUCAGAGGGGAUUUGUGUUUUACAUUGGUGUUGAUAAUCUGCUCUUUGAGUCUGCAUCAACGUCCCUUGUACUACACAUCCCAAUUCAUUUCUUUGAUAGAACUAAUUUGUUCUUCAGCUAUAUUCUCCUACCUGAUAUAGUCUCUACCGUAAUUAAAUGAUAAAUAGAAAUGUCACCAACACUCGGUCAGAUAAUGUUAUUGAAAUCUACACGUUACAGUUGUUACAUUUUUGUAUUCCUUGAUGAAUUAAAUAGCAAUCAAAUUGCUAUAGUUGAAUGGCUUACUGGUUGUGUUGUAUAUGCAGUAGGUUUGGAUUAGGAUGCGAUAAUCUUCAAUUCUGAAGGAACAUUUGAACCAUGUCAAACAAAACAAACAAGCUCCACAGGUCUGUGAUUCCAAAUUUUUUUUUUUGUUAUAUAGGGUUAGCCUAAAGAAAUUUUUGUUUUAAACAAUAUUAGAAUUAUUAUUUUUUCUAGGGAUUCACUUUUGUUUUUCUUUUGUUAGAAAAGUAUGGAACUCAAGUCCAGAUUGUUAUUGUAGCCCCAUAAUGCCUUCAUCUACAAACAGAAGGCUAAAGUUAAGUCUAAUCCUAUGGCUCAAAUCUAGAUGUAGUCUAUAGAAACUUUCAGCACUCCUACCUUGUAUUAUUGGGUUGUAUCCAGUACAACUUGGUCGCCAUUGUUAUUUUGAUAUGUAUGUAGUUGAUAAGUAUUUUCUUUGUUGCUUCAUUUGUUUUGGAUCUAAUUGAAUGCUAUGAAUUGACCAUGGUCACCUACCUGCAGAGUAGCUGUUUCAUAAGACUGAUUACAGUGAAGACGUAUGGUGAUCCUGAGGGCUCAACCUCACUCUUUGUUAUCUGAUCCAUUUGUUCGCUUCAUCUUUGCUUUAAGUAUUAAUGUUCAUGUGUCCCUCCUUGUGUGUGUGUGUGUGUGUGUGUGUUUACACUGUAUGUGUAGAUAUGUCCAACCGUAAUGACUAAACUAUUAUUUACAUUUUAUUUCAUUCACAUCUAAUCAAAAACUAUAUUUUAUUCUACUGAAGUCAUAAACCAAAUGUUUUGAUAUGUGUUGUGUUUAUUUAUCAAGCUUAUAAAAAUGUUUUAUCGCAACAAGUCACUAAUUUGCUUUCAUUCAAUAACUGGACAAACUUUGUUUCUGCCAAUGUCUGGGUAGGUCAACUUGUUGAGUUCUGAACUUUGUUUCUGCCAAUGUCUGGGUAGGUCAGCUUGUUGAGUUUUGCAUUGGAGAUUAUACAGUGGCAGAUUUAAUAUAUUUUGUUUUUCUUUUCUUUGCAUGUAAAUUUGUGUUGGUUCAGAAAGUUGAUGGCUCUUCGAAGAAAGUAUUUUCUGUGAUAUUUACCAGGCUUCUUGUUUGUUUGUUUUUUUUCUUAUAUGUUCCUUUUCUGAUAUUAAUACAUUGUGUCCUUGACCUUUUUCUUCACUGAUGUGUUUGCAACUUAGAUUUCAACUUGCUCUUAGAGAAACUUUGAACAAACACUAGAUCUAGCUACAAACACUUAGGAGUGAAUUCUUUGAAGCUCUAUGUUUGAAUUUAUGUACUAAAAUAAAAUAUGAAAAUGUAUAUAGUUUAUGUGUGUGCUAUUGUUAUAAAGAUAUCUAGUUAAUACUUAAACUGUCAAUGUUAUCUGAGGGUGGUGGUCAAUCAUGCCUAUUCACUAGUUUGGGAUUGAGUGUUAGUUCUCAACUCUGGUAGUUGUCUCACUUCUGACACCGUGUUUGUCUCAUCGUGAUGCUAACUAGGCUGUCAUUAUUGCAUCUCGCUUUGUCUCGUGCAUCUCUUUGAUUCUAGAUCUAGGGAAAAACAUUUAGCAGCCAAUGCAUCCCAGUGUAACUUUUAAUCAUUUGUUUGGGGUAGUUCUUCUAGCUCUUACGUAUUAAAGGUCGGAUCAUUUCACUCGUGUGAAACAGUGUUUGAUAUUUAUGCUCUAAAAGUUUGUAUGAUGCUAAGGUUUACCUAGUACAUAGAACAGGAUGCAAUUUUUUUUAAAUUUUGUUUCAAAUGUAGACAUGCUCUGUAUGCUUUAAAUGCUCACUCAUUCAACUCAUAAUGAUUAUUGACCUAGUAUUUAUAAGACCUGUCUAAUAAUUGUUGAUCUAGUAUUUAUAUGACCUGUCUAAUGAUUGAUCUAGUAUUUAUAUGACCUAUUUGGGUUUUUUUUUUCCCAUUGAUGUACUAUUGAACUGUGUUGAUAGGGUUGGGUGUCUAUGAUUAGCUUAGCUCAGUGUUAAGAUUCUAGCUCCUAGACAUUAUAAUGGCUAUAAAUUCUCUGUAGUAGUAUGGUCUCUUCCUUCCUUGUUGGAGUGAAUGGUUGUGAUGUGAAGCAGUUGGCAUGGGUUCACUAGACUCUGUGAAUGGUGGUAAAUAGCAAUAAAUGCAUAUCACUCAUUA